CCGCAGUGAGGCUGCUGGAUGGACGCGGGGCGCAGCGCGUCUAUUGGCUGUUUAAUCUCCAGCGCGUCCGAUUGGACUGAGACGAACUUUAGGAGUGAUGGAAGCAGGACGUGAGAACUUACAGCUGUCUGAACAGGUCGGGGCUAUGUGAACUGACCCCGGGCCACUGCAUGGGUGCUUUCACUUGCAUUACCUAUCCACUGAACCCGUGAACGAGCACUUUUUACGCGUGGGUUUAUUUACUGGCACGGGAAGCAUGCAACUUGCGCUUCUGCUGACUCUGGGCUUCGGGUUCGCGUUUGCGUGUCAGCUGCCCAGCGAGUGGAGACCACUGAGCGAGAGCUGUCGAGCUGAGCUCGCCGAGAUUAUUGUGUACGCCAAGGUGCUGGCCAUCCACGAGGAGCCGUACGCGUCCAGCCUUUACAAUUACCUGCCGUACCAGAAGCACGAGCGCGCGGAGGACGCGCUGCUGUACGCGGCGGAGGUGGAGAUGCUGUGCGACCAGGCGUGGGGCAGCAUGCUGGAGGUGCCCGCGGGCUCGCGCCUCAACCUCACGGGACUCGGGUACUUUAGCUGUCACUCACACACGGUGAUGAAAAACAACUCCUACAUUUUCUUUCUCAGGAUGGAUGAAAACUACAACAUCCUCCCUCAUGGAGUUAACUUCCAGGAUGCCAUCUUCCCAGACACGCUGGAGAACAGACGACUGUUUUCCAGUCUCUUCCAGUUCUCAAACUGCACUGGUGGACAGACAAUACACAACUUUAAUAGUGACUGGGAGAGCCAGGAAGACAGCAGGCUGCUGUGUUCCUCAGUGCAGAAGGUGUUGUUUGAGGAGGAGGAACGGGUUGGACAGCUUGAGGAGCGGGUGGCCGAGCUGGAGAAGAGAAACGAACGGUUAAAAGAACGAGUGGGGAAACUGAGGCAUUCUCUGAGGAAGGCCCGAAAAGUGUCCCGCCGUGCGGAACGGGAGCGCCAGGAGCUGCAAGAGCGCCUGGAGACGGCGGAGAGACGCGUAGGACAUCACAUCAAUGCCAUUUCUCCCCAACACAGCCCUUCACGCCACAGAUACACACACGGACUGUGAGCUCCAACACACACACACACUCACACCUUUACACGAACACAAACAGACUGCGGGGCAGUCUUCAAAUCCCAUAUAUUUACUUUUUUUGUUUUGUUUUGUUCUUUCCACAGUUUUUAGCAAAUAAUUAAGCUCCAGAUGUUUGGUGUAACUUGUUUUGUACAUAAUUUUAAUGUUGAUAUUGAUAAGGCAAGCUUAAACUUAAUAUGCUUAAUAUGCUAAUUCAAGAUUUUAAUGUAAAAAGUGAACACUUAAGGAACUAUUUCUAAUCUGACCCGAAAAAAUUACUUGUUAGUGUAACUUAAUGUAAUAUUUUAGACUGAAAUUAAUUAGUUUUGAUGUUACCACAUUUUUUAAAGAUUUAAAUGUUUACAGUGUAUUACUUUCAAAUCUUAAAGGGACAGUCCACCCAUAAUUCUGUCAAUAUUUUAUCACCAUCAUCACGAUCCAAACCAUUUCAGAUAUUUUGAGGAAUGUUGAUAGCUGAACAGGGUUGUUUUUUUUCAUACAGUGGGAAAAGAAACUGCUCAGUUACUGACAUUCUUCAGAAUUUCUUCUUUUGUGUUCCACCAAAACAAAAAAGUCAUGCAGGUUCGGAACAACAUGAGAACUAAAGACAAAUGAAGACAGAAUUUUAAUUCUUUCCCUUUCAAUCUUUAAAUCCGUGUAUCGCUUUAACAUACACUGAUGAACUGUUUACACAUUUAGAAAACAACUGACAGUGAUGAUGUCAUAGAAGCAUUCACUGAAUUAUGAUGAAGGACAAGUUUGAAAAGUGUUACAAUAUUCAACAUUCAAAAUGUAACAGGAAGCAGUGAUGUCAUCAUAAUAUUUACAUACUGAAUUGUGAAUGGUCUGUCUUAGCUGAGAAUAUUUUAGUUUGUCUUUAGUUUCACAGUACAUUGUAAAACUCAUACAGAAUCCAAAGUUUAAGCAGAACAAAUGCUAUUAGCUCAUACUUCUGUGAACUUUGAGACUUCUGAUAUUAGUUUGUGCAGAUGAAUGGAAAAAUAUAAUGUGUAAAAGAGCAAUACAAACAUGUUUAGAUGGGGUAGAACUAAAAGAUAUAUGUAAAGAAACAUUAGUGAUUCUGAUGCUUUUACACUUAUUAAAAUAACUUGUCUUAAAGUCAAAAUUAAAAUAUAUUUUAACAUUGUCGUCAGAUUACUAUUAACAUGGAUGUGAAAUUAUAAAAAGCUUUAAAUUAUACAGAGACAUCUGAUAUUCCAAUGCAAAAACUACUAAAAGAGCCAAUAUAACACACACACUUCACAGAGUUACAUCA